UGUUUUGCAAACCUUUUGUUUUGCUGACAUGCUAAUACAUUUCGAUGUUAGUUACAUUUACGAACCAAAUUAUAGUUGAUAUUACAGCUGCUAGUGCACACCCAUUGAAAUGUCGUCAUGGAUUACCGGACUCGCGGACAGGGCAGAAAAUAUAUUGAAUAAGAUCGACCAAAAUGCUGCAACAGCGCUCCAAAUUGAACCAAAUUCUUUGGACUCUAUGAAGAAAAGCCUUACAAGCAGCACACAGUCAUUAAAGUCUUCAUUUUCGCCUGCAAAACGCGCCAGCACAUCAAUGUCCAUGUCCACCUCCAUUGGAGGCAAUAGUGCGUCCAGCGCCAAUAGCGAAUACGGAGGUGUUGGCCAACUUGAAACUAUGGAAAUGCGCAAAACGUUGCCUACUUCAGCAAGCUUUUCCACGUCACUGGGCACAUUUACCAACAACAUGGACACACAGGAGUUGGCGGCCUUCAAGAUAGCCUUAAAUGAAAUCACAGCUGAGCGUGAUGAGCUGCACCAACGACUCGGCGAAAUGAACCAAGACACAGAGAACUUUUCGCUAAAACAACAUGUACAAGAAUUGGAGGUACUGUCGCAGAGCUUGUCACAGGAACGAGACAAAGCUGUGCAGGAGUUGAAUGAAGCGCAGACAGCUGGCUUGGCUUAUGUGCACUCCAUAUCAGAGCUGGAGACGAAUCUCGCCAAGUUGCAGCAGGAGUACCUCAACACGGCCCACAAGCUGCAAAUGCAAACUAAAGAGACGGAACAGCAGCGUCUGGAGCUACAGGAAUAUCGAGCCAAGGCACAACGUGCCCUACAAGCAAAGGACACGUUGAUAGCUGAACUAAAGGGCAAUCCAAUCGAACAGGGCACACAACUGACAGCCAAGGAUAGCGAAACUCGUUUUCUUCAAAUCGAACAUGAUGCACUAAAACAAGAGCUACAUCAUUCCAACGAGGAGCAACAGAAACUACGCUUGCAAAUGGAAAAUUACAUGGAGUUGGAAAGGCAACGUGAGUUGGAGUUGAGCACAGCACGCCACCGCGAAGAAACCCUGACCAAGGAGCUCCGGUCGGUCCGUGAACACAAUCUGACUACGGAAUCUGAGCAGCGCGUUUUAACCCAGGAGCUAAAUUCGCUGCGUCAACAGCUCAGCAAUCAUAUGGCAGCGUCUGCCACGCGUUUGCAGGAAAAGGAACAACAAUUGCAGCAGUUGCGUCAGCAACAAAACAUCCGUCUCUCGAUCGACGGCUUCAAUACCGACAAAAAUGACUAUGAAAAACGUUUAAAAGCAUUGACUGAGUCGUUGGUCGAGCGUCAGAGCACACUGGAACGGAUCACAGCGGAGCGCAACGCAUUGAGGUUGCAAUAUGAAAAAACACAGAUGCAAUUACAGCAAUCUAUCCACUUGAAUGAACUGGAGAGUCAGCGUGGUGGGGCACGUAAUGCCCUGCUCUCAAACAGCACAGAUGAUGCCAAGUCGCAAUUUCCGCUUCUGAUGCAUCCAAGCCCCUUUGACAAUCGCGUGGCGCGUCGGGUAAAGCGUGCCUAUUCCUCCUUAGACUCGGCUGGCAUACGUCUCGGCGCUUUUCUGCGCCGCUAUCCAUUAAUGCGGAUAAGCGUUAUUAUGUAUGUAGCACUACUACAUCUAUGGGUCAUGUUUGUGCUGCUCUCAACGACCCCAAAUUAAAAGGGAAUCAUCUUUCUUCUCAAUUUGAGCAAUUGUGUAUUUAUUUGCAGAUAUUGUGGGUUGCAUUUUGUGUUGUCGAAUGGUAUACAUAUACAUUUGUACAAUAAACAUUAUUGUAUUGUAUAAUAUACACAUGUAAAUAUUGUGAAGUCAAUUGUUGUAAUUGCAAAUUCGUUUAUAAAAAAUUGUAUAUUUGGUAAGUUAAAUAAACAUCAACUAUGUACAAACUACGUUGAAGAAAAAUCGGCUAAUUCUAAUUUUAAACUUAAAGAAAACAAUCAAUAAAACGGCAUUUUACUUCCUACUCAAAA